GGGAGGGGAGCACACUGUACUUCAGCAGUCCAGUCAAGCCGAGGAAAGUCCUGUCAUACUUUUAAUAACAACUAAUAUAACUUUAUCUGCUGUGUUUAGCUGCAGCUUGUUGUCACUGUCCGCUCGGUUUGUUCACGAAACGCUCUCAUUGUACCAAAGUCAAGAACAUGGGACGGAAGGUGACUCUUGCUACCUGCUCGUUAAAUCAAUGGGCUCUGGACUUUGAAGGGAACUCAGAGAGAAUACUAAAGAGUAUUGAGCUCGCUAAGGCUCAGGGGGCCAAAUACAGGCUGGGCCCGGAGCUGGAGAUAUGCGGGUAUGGCUGUGCAGACCACUUCUAUGAAUCAGACACGUUGCUCCACUGCUUUCAGGUUCUUAAGAAGCUUCUGGAGUCUCCCAUCACCCAGGACAUCAUCUGUGACGUGGGCAUGCCCAUCAUGCAUCACAACGUGCGCUACAACUGUCGGGUCCUGUUCCUCAACAAAAAGAUCCUUCUGAUCAGACCUAAAAUGAUGAUGGCAAACCACGGGAACUACAGAGAGCUGCGCUGGUUCUCACCUUGGAACCAGUUAAGGAACGUGGAGGAGUACUUCCUGCCCAGAAUGAUCCAGGAGGUAACAGGCCAGGAUACAGUCCCUUUCGGUGACUGUGUGUUAUCCACAAAGGACACCUGCAUCGGCACUGAGUUAUGUGAAGAACUCUGGAACCCCAGGAGUCCUCAUAUUCAGAUGGGUCUGGAUGGGGUUGAAAUCUUCACUAAUUCAUCUGCAAGCCACCACGAGCUCCGCAAGGCCGACCAAAGAGUCAACCUGGUCAAGUCAGCCACCACCAAGAGUGGAGGUAUCUACCUGUAUGCCAAUCAGAGGGGCUGUGAUGGAGACCGUGUUUACUACGACGGCUGUGCCUUGGUGGCCAUCAACGGAGACAUCGUGGCACAGGGAGCACAGUUCUCCCUAAACGAUGUGGAGGUGAUCACAGCCACUCUUGACCUUGAGGAUGUGCGUAGCUACAGAGGAGAAAUUUGCCAGCCCAACAUGGAAAGUGAACACAAACUCUGCCACAGGGUGAAAGUGGACUUCUCUCUCUCCACUGUUGAUGAUAUCUACCUCCCCACUCACCAGCCUAUCACAUGGCAGUUUCAUACAGCAGAGGAAGAGAUCAGUUUAGGGCCGGCCUGCUGGCUGUGGGACUACCUGAGGAGGAGUGGACAGGCUGGCUUUCUGCUGCCUCUGAGCGGAGGAGUGGACAGCUCGUCCACUGCCUGCAUCGUCCACUCGAUGUGUGUGCUGCUCUGCCAGGCGGUAGAGGACGGCAACAUCCAGGCACUGGAGGAUGUCCGCAGAGUGGUAGGCGAUGACUCCUACUCUCCUCAGCACCCGAGGGAGCUGUGUGGUCACAUCUUCACCACCUGCUACAUGGCGAGUGAGAACUCUUCCCGGGAGACCUGCAGCAGGGCCAAAGACCUGGCCAAUCAGAUUGGCAGCACACACAUGAAUAUUAACAUAGACAUGGCAGUGAAAGGAAUUCUGGGUAUCUUCUCGGUGGUGACUGCGAGGUUGCCUCAGUUUCGCGCCAACGGAGGAAGCCACAGAGAAAACCUCGCUCUGCAGAAUGUACAGGCCCGGGUCAGGAUGGUCCUGGCCUACCUGUUUGCCCAGCUGAGUCUGUGGGCCCGGGGGAAGCCCGGUGGACUGCUGGUGCUGGGCUCAGCCAACGUAGACGAGAGUCUGACGGGAUAUUUCACAAAGUACGACUGCUCCAGUGCUGACAUCAACCCGAUAGGAGGCAUCAGUAAGACAGACCUGAAGAGCUUCCUGCUUUACUGUGUGGAGCAGUUCCAGCUCAGCGCUCUGAGGGGCAUCCUGGCUGCUCCACCUACAGCUGAACUGGAGCCGCUGACAGACGGACAAGUGUCCCAAACAGAUGAGGCCGACAUGGGGAUGACUUAUUCUGAGUUAUCUGUGAUUGGACGACUGAGGAAGAUUUCCAAGUGCGGCCCCUUCAGUAUGUUCUGUAAACUCAUUCACAUGUGGAAGGAUGCGCUCUCGCCCAUGGAGGUGGCCCAGAAAGUGAAGCACUUCUUCAGGAUGUACUCGGUGAACCGCCACAAGAUGACCACGGUGACACCGUCCUACCACGCCGAGAGCUACAGUCCUGAUGACAACCGCUUUGACCUGCGACCUUUCCUCUAUAACACACGCUGGACCUGGCAGUUCAGGAGCAUCGAUGACCAGGUGUCCCAGAUGGCAGCAAAUAAACCCUAAGAGCCCUGAGGUCUUCAUCCUCUAAUGAACAACAAUCACGAUGGAUCCGAUAAUAUGUGUUGAUGCUGUACAUAUCUCAGAAACGCUAAACACUGUAACAAUCAUGAAUGCACCGGGCCCAGCAGGGGUCAGAAGCAUUUUUCUGGUGCUGUAAUGACGUUUGAAUCUACCUCUGACUUUCUUACUUUUGUUAUAACAGUUGCUGUCAUUAACCUAAGAAAAGUCAUUUUACAGCUUCUUUGUGUAACUUUCAGGUUUUUUUUGGUCACCUUUGGGCCCCCCAAAUCUCUAUCCUGUUCAUGUGUUAGUAGAGUAUCUUACGAAAAAAAUCUCCCCCUGCUUUGUUUAAACACUUUAAUGUAGUUCGAAGCGGUUCCUGCAGCAUGCUUUUAAAAGCGAGACUGUAUGUCUGCAGCCUGGCUCCUCUCGUCUGUGCGCUCUCGUCUGUGCGCUCUCGUCUGGAUGCCUGAAGCCGAGCCCCCUGAGCUUCUAAUUUUCAACAUAAAGCUCCGGAAAUAAAAAUAUCUGUAGUGUACAUGUGAUAUAUUACAAACAUACUAAGUGUUUAUACAUUCAAGACUAAAUAAAAAAUAAGCAAUUCCGCCUUUCUA